AUGGCCUUCGCCGCCUCGGGCCUCUCGGGGGCCCCUGACCCGCCGCCCUGUCCUCCGAAGGAGGCCUUGGGGGCCCCCGACAGCCCCGGGGGGCCCUCCCCCCCGGCCCCGCGCUCCCUCUCGCCCUCCGCGGCCCCAAAGCACCAGCAGCACCAGCAGCAGCGGCUGGAGCCGCAGCAGCAGGAGCGCGGGCUGGACCGGGCGCGGCGCGGCAGCCACGAGGCCGCCGCAGACCAUUCACAGAAGCAGCCAGCUGCACACAGUCUCCAGGCCCGGCGCGAGCCCUCCGCUGCAGACGAGCUGCAGCAGCAGCAGCAGCAGCAGCAGCCGCAGGCGUGCCGGCCCGCCGCGUGCUCCCGCGCGCGCGCGGCCCCAAAGAGCACCCCGCGUGGAGCCGCCGCCGCAGCAGCAGCAGCGGCGGCGGAGGGGCGUCCGGCAGCAGCAGCGGAGGGCUCUGCUGCUGCUGCUGGGGGUGGAGUGAAGCGGGAGGGCUCGCCGGCGAGCAGCGGGGGCCCCCCGCGGUCCGCAUGCACCCCGUUUGAAGAGGAGGCGGGGGGCCCCCCGGGGGCCCCCCGGGGGCCCCCCGAAGGCAAAGAGGGCGGGGGAGUGGCCGUGGACGUGGCCUCGCUGUUCCUGUCGCCCUCCGACGAUCUGGACUCGUGGGAGGCCGACGGACAGGAGCUGCUGCUGCCAGCAGCUUCGUUCGUGAGCGCAGAGGCCAUCAGCCAACACAGGGGCCCCAUGAGCCUGGCCAGGGCCGCCAUGUUUCUCUUCAGUUUGUUUCAAGGAGAUGUGCGCAUGGGGGUGCUUUCGGCGCAGGGGCGUUUGUGUGCGUGGCGGUGUCUGCUGUUUCUGGCGGAGCUGCACGACCGGCAGGCUGCGGGGCAGCAGCAGCAGCAGCAGCCUGCGGGCCAGGCUGCUGCUGCUGCAGCAGACCCUGCCAUGCGCCGCAGGCGCUUCCAGAGGGAAAGCGUCGCCACUUCCAAGGGCCGCCGCUCCGUCCGCCACGCCUUCCUCCUCGACCGCAGCGGCGCGGCCCGCGCUGCUGCUGCUGCUGCUCCUGCUGCUGCUGCGGCCAGCAGCGCCGCCGGCAGCAGCUUCAGCCCCGGAGCCGCAGACGAGUGGGCCGAGGCGGAGGAGGAGCCCGGGGGAGGCCCCUGUGCUGCGGCCAGGGACGAGGCUCUGGGAGAAGUGGCUGCAGAGCCCACGCGGCAGCUGCCCACAAUCAGUCCCGCUCUCUCGCUGCAGCGGCAGCUGCAGCAGGGCCAGCCCGCCACUCUCGGGUUCGAACCCCACUUCACCAGAUUCGUCGGAGGCACCAUUGACAGGCGGUGGGCGCUGCAGCAGCGCCACCUCAGGAUCCCCGCAGAGGCGCAGCGGGCAGACGCAGCAGCAGCUGCUGCUGCUAAAGACGCCAGAGACGAACCACUGGACCUCCUCUUGGAGGAAUUCGGAGCUGCAACAGCCCCCAAGAUGUGGCCGAGGGCCGACGCGCUGCCUGAAAGGGUUUUUGUCGGUAAGCUCCCGCAGCAGCAGCACCAGCAGCAGCAGCAGCACUUGUAUGGGGCGCUUUGCGUGUUGAUUGCUGCCUCAGCUUCAGGAGCUGUGCAUGCGCUUGUGCUGGCUGCCGCCGCAGGUCUUCCCAUUCAGGUGGCCACGUGGGUGGGGUGGGGCCGCUCAGAGGCGGGGGACUCGGGCCGAAUGCUGUGGAGAGACUGCGAGGUGGUGCAGCUUCUGCAAGGCGGUGAUUUCAGGGCCAGGUGCUUCACGCCGGGCGAACCCAAGGAUUUCGUGUGUCACGUGCGCGACUUCGUGCCUUCCCGCAUGCCGUGCCCAUGCCCUCGCGAGCGGGCGUGGCGCUUGCUGCCACCUGAGGUGGACCCUUCUCGGGACAUAUACCCAGGCGCGUGCUUGUCAGUGGGUCUGACGGUCUCAAACCCAUCGCAGCAGGAGCCGCUGCCUGCAGAUUCCGUAGUUCGGGCGUACUUCGUAGAUGUGGUGGUGCAGGAUGUGUACUUCUCUUUAGACCAGGCGUCUCGGGCCAAAAACGUCAUGGCGGAGUCGCGGGAAAGAGAAGAAGGCGGGGCGGGGCGAACGGUGUUAAUUGGCCGCAGACUCGCGGGGUGUGCAGAGGCCGCAGGCCCUGUUGAAGGGCUGCGGCCAAAUUGCUUAGUGCGGGCCAUGCGGGUGAUGGUGCUGCGCACGGGUGGCGCGUCUAAUGAAUUUGCCCUUGUGGCGGGCCGCAUUAUUUACAAGCUUCCGUACGACUUGUUCAACAACGGGAUCUUCAAGGAGCCCGGCCAGAGGCCGCGGCUGGUGGGAGGCAGUUCGUUCGUGUGGGCGAUUCCCAGGGCGUUGACCCCUGCGGCUCCAGACCAGAUGAGACGCAGCGGCUGCGCGGGGAUUUCGGGCAGUGGAGGGGACACAGCUGAAGCGAACGCCAAGCGGUGGCAGUACAAGACACAAGAGGAUAGCCGGGAGUGGACGUUCUUUCCCCCCUUCAUUGUGAUUUACAUGCCCUACGACGGCUCUGCGCGCCACAUCCUCACCCACCCCCUUUUGCUGCGCUACCUGCAGCCCGAGCUCGACUUCUCCGCGCUGCUGCAGGGCACCUGGCGCCUCUGCCUCCCCCAGUACGAGCACUCCAAUGUUCCCCCCGUGCUGCUGCCGCACCCCAGCGAUGCGCAGCAGCCGGAGCGGUCGCAGGCAGCCACCAGGGACCCUGGGGAGGGCUCAGCCGAAGGCGUUGUGGUGCUCGACAAUCCUUACCACACUGUCCGCUCCACCGCAGCGCCCGUGGCUGAGAGCCGGUCUGCUGCCAGCAGCGAAGACAUGGCGGACCCCAUGUAUGCUGCCACGCAUGCAGCAGAGCCGCCGCAGCCCGUAGUCAGCGGCCAGGGGGCUCCGGAGUCCGCAGCCCGUGCGAGUGUGCUGGGCAUCAACCACCUCGCGAGUCUGCUGUGCAGCGGCGGGGACUCGGCGCCUCCCCGGGAGCUGCUGGCCAAGGCUCUACCCUUCUUCCGAGGCCUUCUGCCCCACCUGGCGGCUGCCAACGUGCCGGCCGUAGACUGGCAGCUUGACGUUGCUAGGGCCGCAGUCAGGGCAGCUGAUCAAGCCAAGGAACUGUACGUAGAAGAGCAGGAAACUGAGGCCGAGAGACUAAGGAAACAAGGCAUUUCCUUCGCUGGAACGACCAUCCACAACAGCAACAACACUGAGGGUGGCCGGAGCCAGCGGGGCCUGGACCCUUCGGGAGCUGCCUUGGAACCUGAAGGCAGCGAGUCGUGGGAGUGGGUAGGCAACACCGGCAGCCGUUACCCGACCAGCAGUGACAUAUCUCGUUUUCUGCUGCGCACAUCGGGCCACAGUAUGGGCAGCAAUUCCGCAGUGAGGGGGCGCAGUGUGGAGGCGGGUGGCGCCCAAGUCGAGGGCGGGGGCGUCUCAGGGGCUGCUGGAGGCUCUUCUGUUGCAUCGCGGCGACGCCCGCACGACCCUGUAGCUGGUUUUCUUUCCGGGAACUCUCGGAGGGGCUCGGGCUCGGAGUUGGGAGCUGGCGGGGAGGGUCGUGGCCGCGGCGAGGAGGGCGCGUACAUCACCAGAGGGAGCUCUGUGGCCGAGUGUGACUUCCACGGCUCCCGCAGGACAGCGGGGCCAGCAGCAGCUGUGAGGGUCUGCGCCUCGGAGGAUGCUGCGGGGCUGCAGCGAGCCCGGGGCCUUGUUAGCCCGGCGACGGCUGCGGCUACAGCUCUGAGGCCCCCUGGAGGUGUGGUGGGGGCGUCGCCGGGGGCAUCUUGCCGGCGGGCUGUGACGCAGCGGGAGGAAGAAGAGGAGUUUCAGCCGUCCUUGCGGGGAGCUGGAGCAGCAGCCGCGGCAACGGCAGCAGCAGCAGCGAGACAGAGCAGCGGGAGUGGAAGAGCGGGUACAGUCAGGAGAGCGACGCGGAAUGUGAGCUAUGCAGCGCUGGCUGGAGUGGAGGCGGGGCCAGAUGACCCCGCGUACUACAGACCGCUGAAGAGGAUGGCCAGAGGAGAGCCCCCCACCGCCUUAGACCCGACGGCUCCGGAGGCAUGGGACCCCUGCCAUCCGAGGGAAGCAGCACUGACUGCGGGCACGGUGUGCAGCGACAGCCACCACAACGCCCGCGCCAGUCUGCAGCAGUGGGCCGCGCUGCAGCGGCAGGUAGCCGUGGCGGAGGAGAGGCUGCGGCAGCAUAGCCAGAGCAGCCACCUCCCGGACAGAGCAGCAGAUGCCUCUAUUAGCACUGACCAACUCCACGAGGCUCUCAAGGGUUUUGUCCAGUCAUUUAAAGCUGGGGCCUCCCCAGCAGUGGUUAGCGUGCCGCCGAUGGCCAGGGACAGAAGUUUUGCAGCGUCGCACUAG